AUGCACUCUGGCCAGGACGCACCUUGGUGCCCCUUUUCAGCUCAGCAGCCAGCAGUAAGUCACCCCGUGAGCACUACGAGUGAAAAAGCCAGUUCGGGGUGUGAGGAGAAAGCCUGGAGGAUGAAGAGUGAGACACAGGGGGAGAGCAACCACAUGGGAGAGCUCAAGAGGGGACGAGUGAUCCUUGUCGCCUACCUGAUAGCAACCAUAGACCUGACCUUCUUGUUCAUGCAGCUUGGAGUCAUGCCUUACUUGGCAAAGAGCCUGGGUUUGGAUUCGGUGGGGUUUGGCUACCUCCAGACAACCUUUGGUGUUCUCCAGCUCGUGGGAGGUCCCAUUUUCGGAAGGUUUGCAGAUCAGUUUGGUACCCGAGCUGCCUUAAUUCUCUCCUGUGCCUCUGGAAGUGUCUUCUUCCUGCUCCUGUCCAUCUCCACCAGUGUCCCCAUCCUCUUCCUCUCCAGGCUGCCGGCUGUGUUCAUGCAUGGGCUACCAGGUGCUCAGAAGGUUAUUACAGACCUGACAGCUUCUUCCCAGCGUGCUGAUGCUCUGGGGAAGCUGGGUCUUUGCUUUGGAAUAGGAAUCAUAAUAGGCUCUGCCCUGGGAGGGAUCCUCUCCACCAAAUUCGGCAUUUUUGCUCCUAUAUAUAUCGGGCUGGUGGGAAGUCUCGUCAACACCAUGAUAGCAAUGGUUUGGAUCCCUUCACCAGCUAAAUCAAAGUCAGAACAUGGUGAGGCAGAGCACAGUAACGUGUUCAGCAUCAGAGAAAUCCUACGCCUGAUGAAGUUUCCGGGGGUAAUGGAAAUUUUCUUAGUCAAGGUCUUUUCUGGAUUUCCCAUAGGUUUGUUCCUGAUUAUGUUUUCCAUCAUCUCGAUGGAUUUCUUUGGCUUGGAAGCAGUGGAGUCUGGCUACCUGAUGUCAUAUUUUGGUGUCCUUCAAAUGGUUGUGCAAGGUCUGGUGGUUGGGAAGCUCAGCAAACACUGCACGGAGAGGACCAUGCUCAGGCUUGGCGUCCUCGUCUUUGCCGGCGUGGGCCUGGGCAUGGCCCUGAUGAGGACUGUAUGGCAUUACUGCAUCAUUGCCUUGCCGCUGGUGUUUGCCUUCAGCAUGCUGGGCACCAUCACCGACAGCAUCCUCACCAAGGCCGUCCCCUCCUCCGACACCGGUACCAUGCUGGGAAUCUGCGCAUCGGUCCAGCCCCUGACACGGACGGUGGGCCCAACCAUCGGUGGUGUGUUGUACAAACGAUUCGGUGUCCACUCCUUCGGCUAUUUGCAGCUAAUUGUCAAUAUCGGGUUGUUUGUUUACCUGUUAAAGAGUAAAAUCCCACUGAGAGAGCAGAAAGCCCACUGAUUCAGAUGCACCAAAGCUGCCCCCUUUUCCCAUAGCAAUAAAGAAGACAGUGGCAUUGUGCUUUCUUUUUGAGGCCACAAACAUGGAAUAAAGCACUUUCAACAGCUCCUUGUGUUUCUUCACCCUUGGCACAACAAAGACCUGACAUCAAGGCCAGCAGCGGGCAGACCAGCUUGCAAUAGCGGGGGGCCGCUUGCCCCGCAAGCUGCCGCUGCCAUUGCAAACACUCAGCAGCAGCUUCCGAGCCCCAGCUGCUCUAAGUCGGCAUUCCUGCGUUGGAUUCACGGAAACUGAGGGGAUUAACAGCCAGCCCCUCUGCUCGGCUUGGGCUUUUUUUCUUCCCUCAAUACUAACAAAGACAAUGGGGGUAGAACGCACCCACAUUUGAGC